GACUGCCGCUGUGGAAAGAAGUUGAGCACAGGAGCUUGUGUACAAACAGAAGUCAUGGAGUUCAGCACCGCAGUCGUGUUCUGUUUGGCCCUAUUAGGCUUCUGGUACUGGAAGAAAUCUCGGCCAAAUAAGUUCCCUCCUGGUCCUCUAGCUCUACCCAUUAUAGGAAACCUGUUGCAGAUAAGCUUUUCUAGUUUUGUCAAGGAUCUACAGAAGCUUUCUGAAGCAUAUGGACCAGUAUACAGCAUUUACCUAGGAGUAACCCCUGCAGUUGUGGUUCGUGGAUUUAAAAGUCUUAAAGAAGUUCUUGUGACCCAAGGCACAGAAUUUGCAGAUAGGCCACAAAACAGAAUGACAAAUCUUAUUUCCAUUAACAAAGGUUUGGUGGCAGCUGCCUAUGGCCUUUCUUGGAAGGAGCACAGACGAUUCACCCUGUCCACACUACGGACUUUUGGCCUAGGAAAGAAGUCCAUGCAAGAGAAGAUUCUAGAGGAAAGUCAGAACCUUAUUCAUGAGUUCAAGAAUCACAAAGAUUCUCUCUUGGUGCCACACUUCAUUCUUGAUAAUGCUGUAUCCAACAUUAUCUGCUCAAUUGUUUUUGGGAGGCGCUAUGACUACCAUGAUUCCACAUUACGCAAUGUACUAAAGUAUGUACAUGAAAAUAUGAAGUUGGUCUCGAGUAUCUGGGCACAGCUUUAUAAUACUUUUGGCUUUAUCCAUUACCUGCCACUACCACACAGGAAAAUUUUGCAAAAUUUGGAGAUCAUUUUUAAAUUCCUAAGAAGCAUUUUGGAGGAGCACAAAAAAACCAGAGUACCUGGAGAGCCAAGAGACUUUAUUGACUAUUACCUGGAGGAGUUGAACAAGGAACAAGCAGAUGAUAGCAGCAAGACUACAUUCAGUCAGGAAAGUCUGUUAUAUUGUGUGACAGAUCUGUUUGUGGCUGGGACAGAAACCACAUCUGCCAGCCUGCAGUGGUGUCUCCUUUACAUGAUAAUGUUCCCAGAAAUCCAAGAGAAGUGUCGUGAGGAAAUUGACAGAGUUCUUGGCACAAGAGAUCACCUGGACUAUGAAGACAGAGAGAGCAUGGCAUAUACACAGGCUGUUCUGCAAGAGGUGCAGCGCUUUGCCUCAGUUGUACCUUUGGGAGUACCCCAUGCAACUAUAAAAGAUGUGCAGCUAAAUGAUUUUACCAUUCCAAAGGGAACAUUCAUAAUCACAGACUUGUCUUCAGUUCAUUAUGAUGAGACACACUGGAAAUACCCACAUGAGUUUAAUCCAGAAAACUUCUUGAACGAGGAUGGGGAGCUUCUGAAAACUGAAUACUUCCUACCUUUCUCUGCAGGGCCUCGGGUUUGUCUUGGGGAAAAUCUUGCUCGUAUGGAGAUAUUUCUCUUCUUUACAGCUAUGCUACAACACUUUGAAUUCUACUUACCGGAUCCUAUGUGCCCUCCUGACCUCUCUCCAGUGUUUGGUCUAACUCAAGCCCCCAAACAAUUCAAAAUGAAGCUGGUGCCCCGCAAACAAACCUAAUUUGAAGUCACAAAGAAAAAAAAAAUGCAACCAUAGACAGAUUUGGAGUAACCAUGAAGGUGUUUUAAGAGCUCAGCGUUUCUUGUUCCUAUAUGUUUAAUUUUAUUUGAUUAGAAGAAGCAGAAAUGCCAUGGAGUCAUUUACAACUGCACACAUAAUAGUUAGGCAAUAUGGACUUGAAAAUGCUGCAUCUUUUCAAGAAAGCAUGAUAUUUUAAUUUAAACAUACACAACAGGUAAAACCAAUUGCCUACAAAUCAGGUCUUCUUCAGUGAAAACAUUUUCAGAACAUUUACAUAAUAAAUGGUAUGUUAAUACUGUGAAUAAUUGUCAA